UGGAAUGCCGUGUGUGAUGAAAACGUGUGAGUAUCUAACCUCGUUUCUCUCCAAAUAACCAAGCGAAGCGGCGGCGGAUCGAAGCGCGGACUUCUGGGAGCGCACCUCUUUCACGCACGGAAUAUUGCCAGUACUUUGAUGAAUUUUUAAAAUACAUCUACAUCCUGUCGCGAGCGGAGCCGCUAUUGAAGCGCCCACCUUACUCCAGAAGGUGUCCCGCACCAGAGGGGGAGGACGAUCGGCGGGACGAUGAAGUUGAGGCGGACUGGAAACUUCUGGCAACUUGUGGCAAGAAAGUGAUCGCGGAAGAUUGAAUGAUACUUUGACAAAGUCGCCCAGCCCCUUGAAGAAGUCAAGGCAAGCGUUGACUCGGCCAACAGAAGGGGUUAAACCCUAUCCAAAGGGAGUUUUUUUGGGGGGGAAAGCCAGCCUUUCUUCCCCUCUCGGAUCGACUCAUUGGGUGGGAGCAGAGAGAGAGACAAGGGUCCCCAGCAAAUCAGGAGCUAAUUGAUUAAAGAGACUUCAUUUGAAUAGGAGGGGGGCUGGCGAGGUGCCAAUCGCCUUUCAAAGAAGCCCCCCCCCCUCCUCCUCCUCCUCUCUGCACCGCACACCCCCCCUCCUCUCACUGUCUCACCCCCUCCCGCCCCCGCAUGAUUAAUCGCCGCGCAUUAUUGAUAAUCAUAACGUGGCACAUGCGCGGUGGAUGGGCUCGAUUUACGUAAUUUUUUGAGGAGGUUUUGGAGUCAUUUUUUUAUUCUUUGCCUGCCGAUGUGCCAGCCAGCAUGUCGCGGAGGAAACAAGCGAAGCCGCAGCACUUCCAGUCCGACCCUCAUCAGCCUUUAUCGGAGCACAAUGGGGACACAGAACUUUGCUCCGAGGACCCCCCCUGCAACGAGUCAGACGCCCACGUCUGUAGCAGAUGUUGCGCCGAGUUCUUUGAACUAUCAGAUCUCGAGGAACACCAGAAGAAUUGCACUAAGAAUCAGUUAGUCCUGAUAGUGAAUGAAAAUCCUGUCUCCCCCUCUGGAUCCUUCUCGCCUGGGUCGCCUCCGCAUAAUCCGGAUGACCAGAUGAAUGACACGGCUGAUAACACUGAUCAAACAGAGGGCAGUGAACUUUUGGAGUCCAACAAUCUUGAGAAAGACGAAUCUAUGGAUGUGGAUGUGUCAGAGAUGAGCAGCAGCCAUGAGGAGGAAGGCAGUCACACAGAACGAGGCAGUCCCUUAAACUCAGUCAGCAGCCAUAUUGUCAUGGCCACCUCUGGUCCUGCUGUAGGUACGUCCGCUAUAUCUGCCCCUCUACCUCAGCUCAGCAACCUGACUGAACUAGGGAACUUCUCCAUGAUCAACAGCAAUGUCAUCAUUGAAAACCUUCAAAGCACCAAAGUGGCCGUAGCUCAGUUCUCACAAGAGGCCCGCUCCACCUCAGGCCCGAAGGUGGCGGUGCCGGCUCUGAUGGAGCAGCUUCUUGCCCUGCAGCAGCAACAGAUUCACCAGCUCCAGCUGAUAGAGCAGAUUCGUCAUCAAAUCUUGCGCCUCGCUUCACAAUCGCCAGAAAUGCAGGUUCCUCCGACGUCUGCCUCAGGCACAAUGGGGCCCACGGCCAGUCCACUGACCACCCUCAGCUCCCAUCUCUCCCAGCAGCUGGCUGCAGCAGCAGGCCUUGCGCAGAACCUGGCCAGCCAGUCGGCUAGCAUUAGCAGCCUAAAGCAGCUUGCUGCCGCGGUACAGCUACCUCAGUCUAACACAAACAGCAGCGAAACAUCUCAGAGUAUUAGCACACUGGGGCCAUCAACAGCCAGUGCCCAGUCGUCUGACAAGAGGCCGACCCAUUUGAGCAGCCUCCAAUCUCAGCUCAGCACCUCCACGCUCAGUAAGGCCUCCACGCCAGCAUUUGGAAUAGGUAGCUUGUUAAGCUCUGCAGUGAAUCCCCUUCUACCUCAGCCCCCACCUGGAAACCCCAUAUUCUCCAGCUCGCUGCCCAGCGUUGGCACCACCGUAGAGGACCUCAACUCAUUAGCAGCUUUGGCCCAGCAGAGGAAAGGCAAGCCGCCAAAUGUCACUUCAUUUGAGCACAAGAGCAGCUCGGAAGACGCUUUCUUUAAACACAAGUGCAGGUUUUGCGGCAAGGUGUUUGGCAGUGACAGUGCCUUGCAAAUUCACCUGCGCUCUCACACUGGCGAGAGGCCGUACAAGUGCAACAUUUGUGGAAACCGCUUCUCCACUCGUGGCAACCUGAAGGUACACUUCCAGCGCCAUAAAGAGAAAUACCCUCACAUUCAAAUGAAUCCGUACCCCGUACCGGAGCAUUUGGACAAUAUUCCCACGAGCACCGGUAUUCCCUACGGUAUGUCCAUGCCCCCCGAGAAGCCCGUCACCAGCUGGCUGGACAGUAAACCAGUCAUGCCCACCUUGUCGUCCUCGGUCGGGAUGUUGCUUCCGCCAACGAUGCCGAGUCUGCCGCAUUUCAUCAAGAGAGAAGAUCACUCGAUAGCCAUAGCCAGCCCUCCCGCGGCCGUAAAGAGUGAUUCGGGUGCGACUGAGCCUUCAGCCAAGAGUAGUGAGGGGGUGUCUGAGGAGGGGGAAGGGGCAACACUGCCUACCUCAAAUGAAAAAACCGAAGAAGGCAGCCACUCUUCAGGCAUAAUGACCAAUGUCAGCUCAGCAUCAGACAGCACUGCUGAGUACACGACAUCUAACAGUCCGCCGAUGAUGACCAACCCGCUCAUGCCCCUCAUGUCCGAUCAGUUCAAGGCUAAAUUCCCAUUUGGGGGGAUUCUUGAUCCCCUGCAGGGCUCGGAGACCUCCAAACUCCAGCAACUUGUGGAGAACAUCGACAGGAAAGUGACUGACCCAAACGAAUGUGUCAUCUGCCACCGAGUGCUAAGCUGUCAAAGUGCUCUGAAAAUGCACUAUCGCACUCACACGGGAGAAAGACCUUUUAAAUGUAAAAUAUGCGGACGGGCGUUUACGACGAAGGGAAAUCUGAAAACCCACUACAGUGUCCACCGGGCCAUGCCUCCUCUGCAAGUCCAACACUCCUGUCCUAUUUGUCAAAAGAAAUUUACCAACGCCGUGGUUCUCCAGCAACAUAUCCGCAUGCACAUGGGUGGGCAGAUCCCGAACAACCCACUGCCAGAAAACUAUCCGGAGUCCAUGACCUCCGACACCGGCUCAUUUGAGGAGAGAAACUUUGACGAUUUGGAGAAUUUCUCGGACGACAACAUGGAUGGAAUGGAGGACGGCCCAGAUAGCAGCGUACCAGACACGCCCAGGUCUGUUGACGCCUCCCACGACAGCCUCUGCAACUCGCCGGCUCCACCCGACACCGCCGGUGAGGAAGCGCUGGAGAGAAACGACCACGGUGUUGCCCACAAUAACGAGUCAGACGACCUGCAUGCCAGCCAGAUGAAAAUGAUGGCGAAUGGCUUAGUAGAGGGCGAUUGUCUCACCAAUGACUCCUCGUCUCUGGGAGGGGAUGUUGAAAGCCAAAGCGCUGGGAGUCCAGCUGUGUCUGAAUCUACCUCCUCCAUGCAGGCGCCGUCCCCCACUAACAUGCAGCCGCAAAUGCGUAAAUCUCCCAGCCUGGAAGAAAGGCAUCAGAGGGCAUUAUCUAUGGAGCACAGCAGCUUCUUGCACUCUCACCACUCAAACAUUGGAGCCUUGGACCUGACGUCAGUAAAUCCCUCAAAAGACCCCCAGGGCAUGAUGUUUCCCUUCCGUGAGCGUAACACCAUCAAGAACACAUCCUGUGACAUAUGUGGGAAGACCUUUGCUUGUCAGAGUGCCUUGGACAUUCACUAUCGAAGCCAUACCAAAGAGCGACCAUUUAUUUGCACGGCCUGUAACAGAGGUUUCUCCACCAAGGGCAACCUGAAACAACACAUGCUGACCCACCAGAUGAGAGAUUUGCCCUCGCAGCUUUUUGAACCAUCAAACACCAGCCUGUCCUCCAGCCCAACCCCUUCUCUGCUGUCAGUCGGCUCGCUCAGUAAACCAGAGGUCAACGGCUUCCUUCACAGCCUUCACCAUGAGAGCAAGGAGAUGCCUCCCGGCUUGGUGACGUCGUCUGCCUCAACCUCCCCGGUGCUCUCCAACGCUCCUCCUCGCAGGACCCCCAAGCAACACUUCUGCAACACCUGCGGGAAGUGCUUUUCAUCCUCCAGUGCUCUACAGAUCCACGAAAGAACCCACACGGGGGAGAAGCCGUUUGCCUGCAGCAUCUGUGGCCGAGCUUUUACCACCAAAGGAAACCUCAAGGUUCACAUGGGCACGCACAUGUGGAACAGUGCUCCUGCCAGACGUGGCCGCAGGCUCUCUGUGGACGGGCCAAUGGCCUUCCUGGGUACGAAUCCAGUCAAGUUUCCUGAGCUCUUCCAGAAGGACAUGGCAUCCAGGGCACAUAACGGGGACCCGGCUAGUUUCUGGAAUCAGUACGCCGCCGCUUUCUCCAACGGCCUGGCCAUGAAGACCAACGAAAUCUCGGUCAUUCAGAACGGCGGCCUCCCGCCCAUGUCCGGCGGAAUGGGGAACGGCGGUAGCUCUCCCAUCGGCGGGCUGACCGGAAGCCUGGACAAACUCCACAGCUCCGAGCCCGGCGCCGCUCUCGCUGGUCUGGAGAAAAUGGCCAACACGGAGAGCGGAGCCCAUUUUCGGUUCACCCGCUUCAUGGAGGACAAUAAAGAAAUAGCCACUAAUUAGAGAAUGCCCUCGAGGCUGCUGUACAGUCGCGUGAGGAAUGAAGAAGUAAAGCGUUGACAAAAUCAACAGAACUGCUUCGCUUGCCAUUGAAUCUUCAAGAGAUCAGUGUAAAGACAAGUUUCUUUUUUGUACAAUGUACAUGUUAUAGUUUUACGGAGCUUAUUUAUUAGUGAUUAUAACCUUGCUUGAAGCCCAGUGGAAACAUUAACGGUUAUAGUUUGGUUUUUUUUGUUCGUUUUAAAGCCAGAAUGGGUGCUUAAAAAUGUGCUUUUGAAAUGUAGACUACGGCAUAGAUAAUCUUACCCUGGCAUUAAGUUAUUUUUUUCUCUGUAGUAGGCAUAACGGAAUUGUCGAUGUCCAUGUGAUACUUUAGCCCUGUAAGAAGCAAAGAGACUGUAAAUACUGUACACUGAGCUAUAGACGGUCCUACAUGUCCAUGGUCCCCCUCAACAGAAGGUUCCUGCAAGGAGGUCCUUUCUUUCCAUUUGCUAUACACUUUGUUAUUUAAGAAAGACAUUGGAGUUUGCUACACUUCCUGACUUUAUUUAGUGUCCUCUUCUGUUUUUUGGUUGUUACAGUAUGUGUGUAUUGUGCUACUUCUUGUUUACCCCCCGACCAUUCUCCUUCCUUCCCGUGGCCCAAUCAAAUGGAGGGCUGGCCUUGACAGAGUAUUUGGAAUUGAGACACCCAAUCAAAUGGCCAGGAAUUCCCCCCGUUUUUAUCCCCAAGCUGGAUUUCCACAUUGCUGCUAUGUCCCAGCACCCUCUGACAUCUAAAGUGUUGACGCUUCUGUAAAUAGGUUCAGAUGUGGAAAUGAAAAACUCACGUCACCAGAAAAAUGUACAUAUCGCUCACCCAAGAAAAGAAAGCAAAAGAGAGUCCAUCAUGUCCGAGGGAGCAAAGUGUUUUUAUAAAUAUGAAAAAUAUAUCGGGUUUGACACCUACGGACUGUUACAUGCACUUUCUCGGAAAGUUGGAAGAUGUUUAUGGGUCCAGUUUCUCUACACUUUAAUACCUACUAACAACUAAGAUACUGUAAUUCUUUACUCUAAUAAUCAAAUACAUCAGUUUUCCAAAAGAAAAAAAAAUGUGUUUGUCUGUUUUUCUUUACCAAAUGAAUUGAAAUAAACAUUUCAUCACCGUUACUUCCGCUACUUUACAGUUUUUCAUUGUUGACGUUGACGUGAUGAAUUUAUGGCUUGUUUUAUUGCAACAUCUAUUGUGAGUUUGGUUUCUGAUCUGGUGGAAUCUAAAUGUUACUUCUGGAUUAUUAUAUGAUUCAAAUAUGUUUGUACUUAAAUAAAUUAAAUGCUUU